CAUACUUGUUUUGUAUAUUUAUGUGUGCUUUACAAAAAUAAAGAGAUCUUGGAAUCGGACAUUAUCAAGAGUUCGGCAGUUGAGUGAUAAUGUACAUACAAUCAAACGAUAACCAUGAACAUCGUUUUGAAUUUAAUUGAAGGACCGCAGGCGAGCCGGCUACGUUAUAAUGUAAGCGGCGCAAGACAACGCGCGACUUCCCUCAAGGUGUUUGCGAUGUGGUACCUGUGGUUCGUGUUGCUGGUGUCCUGUGCACCGGCCGAGGGCGAGGUGGCCGACGCGCCGGUGCUGACCACCCGCGCGCCGCCGCGCACCCUCGACCGACAGCUGGGCGAGCUGGCCUGGCCCUCUUGGAUACAGAACCCAGAGAACAACAACCAGAACGCGCCGCCCAGACGUAUAACGACCAAGUCCCUUUUCAUCACUCCACUAGUCUGCCCUAAGGGUCAUCGUCUCGAUGGAACUGCUUGUGUGCAGGUACUAACAGUAAACAAGGAUGACCACGAGCGUAUCUUGCUGCAAGAGCUUAAUGCUCUGUUUACUUCCGCUCCGAACAAUGGCGAUGUGAUAUAUGACUAUGGAGAUGAAGAUCCUGGGCCUUUGCAACUGUCCAUACCUAUAGGGAUAGACCCGUUGCAAGAAUCAUCUCCACAGGCUCAAGACUUGCAGCCGAACUACGUUAAGGUUGACAAAAAAGGCGAUAAUACUGACGCUAACGUAGAAGCUGAACUGGAAUUACUGAAGUUACAACAAGCACAUUAUGCUAAACUUAACAACACCCAAUACGGAAGCAAUAUUUUGUCUCACAACGUAUUGCACAACUUAUUGACUUAUUCAGAUAAACCGAAACGGGACAGCCCGCUGACUAACUCUACUGAGAUUGACUCAAACAGCACUGACGAGGGACAAAAGGAAGUUGUUUAUGGACACGUAAAUGUUGACCCUGUUUUGUACGACACCGACGAUAGAAAUAACCACGGCGAAGAAGAGGAAUACGUUACUGAAAAAACAAAUGAAAAACAAACACAAGAACAAAACGACACACCCGCCAUAAACAAUACUAAUAUAGAUAAUCAGAAUAUAACAUCGGAUUCUACAGCGCCAAACGCAAACAAAGACGCUGAAGCAGCGAAACUUAAUCCAGAAAAUGAUUAUUCUGACAUUGGAGAGGCUAUUAAACUGAUAAGCAGGUAUGCUGAAGUAUCCACGGAUGAUAACUUUAAUAAAGAAGAUAAGACUAUUCCGUCAAGGGAGGAUAGUGUAUUAGGUACACGCACUAAACUACAACAUCGCCGCAAUAAAACCAAGCUCUCCAACAGAUUGAGGAAUCCCGAAAUUCCCACUCCAGAUAUCACUAUUAAUGAUGAUGAUAUUACUAAUGAGAAGAUCCAACCGCAAAAUGUUGUUUACUUUAGAUAUCCCUGGCCUAGUGAAAGUUCUGGGUCGCAGCCAUCUAAUUUUCCGUUCCGACAUUUGCAAGAUUACUGGCCUGGACGAAGUCAGAUUGGAGGAGUUUACAAUAGUAUGCAUGGGAACCCGCGUCGCCAUCAUCAUUCGUACCCUCACUAUUUCCGCCCUCGUGGCUACCAAUAUGUGGGUUAUUCGGACACACAACCUGGCUUGCAAGAGCCCUACUCCGGGCUUCGACGAUAUCCGCAUAAAAUUGUUGGCCGUAAUACUAGUCCCAUAAGAUCUCACGCUAACAAUCAAGAUUUGUAUAGCCUUCUCGGUUUAAGGCACUGGUUCAGUAGUGAGGGAGCGGCAAAAAGAUAGUUUGCUACAACCGCGAGUAGACAAUUCGAUGUUACCCGACGACAUAUAAUGGAAGCUAUGGGAAGUCUUACCUACUGCACGCAUUUUUAUCCUUAUCUCGUAAAAAAUUGCUAACUUAUUAAGUAAAUAUAAGCAUGUAAACAUUUCUGCCAUAGCUUUCACUAUAUUCAGCCUAUUUAUUUUAAAGCCAAAUACUACAGUCAUAGUUGUGUAAUAUUUUUGUUAGCUAUUUUAAGUUCUUGUAAAUAUUCCUACACUAUAUACUUACCUACCUAAGCGUUUUUUUACUACUGAAAAUUUAACGUUUCUCCAUUAGUAUUAUCGUUGUUUUUGUAUUAUGUAAAUUGUUGUAUUACUAAUUUAUGUUUAUUUGAUGUAUAUUUUUUGUUUUUGUGACUUGUGAGUUAGUCGUAUGUAAUGCAAAUCGUGGUUUCUUAAAAAACGGUACAAAUAUAAAUUGGCACUGGCUUGCCCUUAUCGAUGUGAAUCUUUGCUACGAUUAAGUACUUAUGUGUAGAUAAAUAAUUCAACUGACCUAUGUUGUAUUGAAUUAUAAUAGCUGUAAAGAGUUUUGUUUAUUUGUCGAGAAAUUUAAUUUAAUUUAACCCACCAGCAAGCGAGGUUUUAAAGCAUACAUGACAAGAAUUGAGAGAAAGUCGCCCGCCCCUUCGCUCUAUUAAAACAAAAUAAGCUUUUAAAAAUUUUCGUAGAUUAUUGCCAUUGAAAAAUAGGUGUUAUAUCAACCCAUCCAACGCACAUGCUCGUAACUCCCUAAUCAGCUCAUGAAUUUAAAAAUAUGAAAGUUUUUGUCAUUAUAUAAAUUUUACUAAUUUAAAAAAAAUAAAAUCUAAAUUGAUAACAAAAUAAUAUUUUUAGGAAAAUAGUUUGGUAUAAGUAAGGAUCAAAAAUACGACGUUUUGCGUUGGGUAGGCCGACUUAUAAGAUCCCAUAGACUCAGGUAAAAUAUAGACGGUCACUUUUUCUUAUCCAAGAAUUGUAUCUAUCACCAGCAGCAACGAACUAUAAAAAAGCAAUUGGGUUCGUUCGUCGUUCUUUUAAUAAAAAAAUAUCUUAGUUACAUUUCUCACAAAGUGUAUUUUAUUAUUGAAAUAUUUUUACACUAACUACCGAACUAUUACUCAUAUAUUGAUCCCACCAAAGUUUAGUUUAAGUGUUUAGAUAUAAUACGGCGUUAUUAAUGGAUGCUAAUAUUUUCGUAGUCUUAGAUAUUAGAUAUUUUCAUAUUAUGCGUAUUUUUCUACUGAAAACUAUGUACUAAUUUGUUCUUCAUUAAUUGUAUGAGGCAUAUUAUAAAACAUUUAGAUACCUAAUAAGGUUUAAAAAAAAACUAUUUUAUUAAAAUUUUGAUAACCUUGAUUGUAUGUAUGGUGAUAAAAAUACUUGCCAUAUUUUAUUGGGCAUAUUUCCCCUUUAAACCAGUGUUUAUAGCAUUCUUAUAUCGCAGCCGUUACGCCGUAUAUCGCAGAAUAUAUUAAACCGCAUAAAUGAUGCUUAGUAAAACGUGCUAUUUUAUUAUAAUAAAAUUAAAUGUCGUCUCUUUAGUCAAUAAUAGUUCAACUAAAAUAUUAACUAUAAAAUCAUAUACCUGUAACGAAAAUACCUACGAACGUAGUAAAAGAAAAAAAACAGUAAAACCAUUUUUUUUUAAUACUUAAUGAAAUCUAUUUUACUCGGAUUAAUAACGUACAUAACUAACUGCCCCCUCCUACCAUGGUUUAUAGCAGUAUUAAUUUAAUAUUGUUAACGUUUUGUUACAGAAUUAUAGCCCUUAUUCAAAGGAGAUAACAUCCUUUGAAUAAGGAUUAUAUGUUAUAUAAACUAUCUGUUCAAAAUAAUAUUGCUUUCAGAUAUUCCUUAAUAAAUGAAAGAAUUUAUUAAUUGAAUUACCUAUUCUAAACGAUUGUUAUAAAUAUAUUUUUAGAAAACGAAAUGUCCCAUCAUAUACCUAAAAUUAACAAAAUUGAAAGAAUAUUGUGUCAAAAUCGGAACCUGUACAAAUAGUAGUUUUAAGAAUGAAAUAAAUGAUAAUAUACAUACAAUAUAUAAUAUCAAAAUACUUAAUUAUUACAUAGUUUAUAAAAUAUCAUUAUCCAAUGUGCUUAAUAUUCGGUUUGAUGAAAAGCAAAUGUAGAAAAUUAUCAAUGCCAGUAUUUUACUGUA